AUGGAUGCAUCUGUAGCCAACGUUGUUACCCCACCUGAGCAUGUAGAACCCGUAUUCGCCUCUCAACUUAUCAGCGACGAAAAGCUGGACGAUCUGGUAGACCGCGUGUGCCAUUCCAGAACAAGCAGACGAAAGUGUGAAAAGAGCAGGCUAAAAACCAAUGUCAGAAGUGUGGAUGAUGCGCUGGGCGGAGGACUUGAAAGUGCAACAGUAGUCUGUGUCAGUGGUGAAGCUGCAGCAGGUACAAGUGAGAUCUGCCGCACUUAUCUCGUCUCAUCUCUCCUGCAGCACGCGAACUCAACGGCUGCCGUUAUUGAUACGACUGGAAACUUUGAUAUAUUCCGAGUCCACACGCUAAUUGUGGCAAGACUAUCAGCGCAUGUAGAUGGCAUCCCGGAAUCUUUACGGUCUUUGCUGGACCCAGAAAAAGGCGUUGGGAUCGAAGAGGUGGCGGCUAUGGUUCUAGAUCGUGUGAACAUUAUGCGGGUUUUUGAUUUUGAGGGCGUGAAAGAGGCGGUGGGUGAGAUUGAAGCAGCGCUGGAGAAAGUGGAAGAUGAGGUGGAAAGAAAGAACGUAGUCGGCCUAGUGGGAGAAGAGGAGGAGAAGAGGAUGAAUGAAAGAGAGGACAUGCCAAAUGAACCGGAGAAACCAAAGAGGACCUAUGUUGCAGACAGCGAAGAUGAAGAGGACGGCGAAGAGGACGAGAUGCUAUUCAAUAUCGAGACUAUUGAGACUACCACAACAACAGUGGCGGCACCACCAGUCCAAAUCGCGACGUUAAACAUAAGCCCCUCAAAGCCCUUAGAACAACAACCCAGUACCAUCAAAUUCAUUCUCAUCGAAACCCUCGCCCAAGUCAUCAACCCCCUUUUGAAGAAGGAUUACAUACAAGCAAACGCCCUCUCAUCAGCCUUCCUCGCAUCUCUUGCAUCCAUAACUCAUAAACAUAACCUCCACACUCUGCUCAUCAACCCCAUCAUCCCUCCCCGCCUACCCUCGCCCACCCGUCCACCAGCAGCAAACGCACCUCCACCACGCCAGCGCCAGGAACCACCUCCAAUCCCGUCUGUAUUUGCGAGUAACACUGCGGUCCCAGCAUUGAUGAGUGUGCUGGGACGGUAUACAGAUUUAGAGGUGUUGGUGGGGAAGAUGCCGAGGCGGAAGGGGGACGCAAAGUUGUUCUAUAGCGAGAGCAGUAGGAAGCAAGGGGUUGAGACUGUGGGGGUGUUGGAGGUAGUGAAAGAUCGAACGGAGGGCCGGAAUGAGGCGUGGGCGAUCUUUGGGGAGAGUGACAAGGGGAUUGGGGACGUGAUGGGGAAAUGA